CAUCGCUGCUCCGAGAGCUGUGGGAGAGUGCUGGACCAGGAUCAACUGAGAUGCUGCUCCUUACCCUCUCCUGUUUAGCCUCCCUGACCAGCAGUGUCCAGGCUUUUGUUUCUCAGCAUUCUCAGCGCAGAAGAGCUGCAGAAUAUUCACAUGUGGGGUGUGGCCUCCGACCAUCCUAUGAGUCCUUCCAGAAGACUGGCAAGAGGAUUGGCACAGGGACAGACGUCAGUCCUGGGGAAUUCCCGUGGCUCGUGAGCAUCCAGAGCCACGGGAAGCACAUCUGUGGAGGCACCAUCAUCAGCGCACUGUGGAUUUUAACUGCAGCCCACUGCUUCGCAGACAAGCUGCCACCAGACCUGACGGUGGCAGCGGGGGGAGUUGACCUCAGCCUCCCGCUGGAGGAGUACAACCCGGACAGCCUGAUCCUGCACGAGGAAUUCAACAGAAGCAGCCUGCAGAACGACAUUGCCCUGAUCCUGCUCAGCAACCCCAUCGAGUUCAGCAAGGAGAAAAUUCCCAUCUGCCUGCCCUUCCUGUGUGACAAGGACAUGUGGCAGCACUGCUGGGCUGCUGGCUGGGAGAACACAAGUGCAGUGGAAGCCAUUCCCUCAUCCCAUGUGCUGCAGAAAACACAGACAAAGCUGAUCAGCAGGGAGAAAUGCCUGCAGCAGAUCCCACACCUCGUGGAGACCAUGAUGUGUGCAGAGACAGAGCAAGGAGGAGGAGGAGGAGGAGGAGGAGGAGGCUGCCAGGUGGACAGCGGGGGACCUCUGGUUUGCAGCUACUGGGACACCAUGAAGUGGUUCCAGGUCGGCAUCAUCAGUGGAGGAAAGCCAAACAACAGGAUUUUAACACCUGUUUACAGCUACCAGGGAUGGAUUGAGAAGGAAACAGCCAUAAGGGGAAAACCUUUCUUCACUGAGGGUGUGGACAGCGGAGCACAUCUCAGGGUUGCUCGCUCCAGGGCUGGAACACGGGUGUUUCUGCAGUAUUGUCUCCUUUUAUUUAUCUUUUUAAUAGCAAUUCUCUCUACACUGAGGGAAGAUUUUUGA